AAACGGGGAACAAACCCUCGAGGCUUCCAUCACCAUGACGGAGCCAAUCUUCCUCCGUCUCAUCAAACUCCUCUUGCCGGCAUCCUCUUCUACCCUCCAUGUCGGUGGGACGCUCCGCCUAUCUGGCUUUGGAUCCAGGCACACUAGAUAUUACUCCAGCACUCUUCGUAGCUUAAACGAAGUUGAGGGGCAGAGGAAGGACGUCAAAUGGCUUACUCUGCCGCCUUUUACUCCCACCGUCAACGGUGCUGAUCUCGGAAAAGUACUUUCCGACCGCCGUUCCGAAGCUAAAUGCGGGGUUGGAGCUACAUCCACCACUACUGCGCUCAAGUGGGUUCUUAAGUGCUGCCCUGAGCUACCCCGAAGCCUAGUACAGAAGCUCUUUCGUCUUAGACAGGUCCGAAGAGAAUCUGCUGCUGAGGAGAACGAAACUAUAGAAACUCAAGAACACAAACAUAGACUAAAAAGGGUGACAGCCAAAGACACCUUGAACUUAGGAGAUAGGAUCUUUCUUCCGGCUAGUGUUAAAGAGACGCCUCAAGAGAAACACGAGUGUGGUAUCACUGCUGCUGAAGUGAACUUUAUCCAAAGCCUAGUGUUGCAUAAGGACCCUGCCAUUCUUGUUCUGAACAAACCUCCAGGGCUGCCUGUUCAGGGUGGCAUCAAUAUCAGCAGGAGUUUAGAUGAAGUAGCUGCAGCAUGUUUAACUUAUGAAUACUCAGAAUCUCCUCGACUGGUGCAUAGACUGGACAGAGAUUGUACGGGCAUUUUGGUGAUGGGAAGGACACAGACAAGUGCUACAGCGCUGCAUUCCAUAUUCCGGGAGAAAACUUUCAGGGCAUCUGAUGAUAUUGGUAAGAAAAGGAGAAUCCUACAAAGAAGGUACUUAGCACUGGUCAUUGGAUGUCCACGACGUCCAAAGGGGUUUGUUUCCGCUUCAUUGGGUAAGGUGGUGGUAAACAACGGGAGAUCUGAUAGAAUAGCCAUCAUUGACAAUUCUUCGGAAUUAUCGUCGCAGCAUGCAAUCACGGAGUAUCGAGUGAUUGGGUCCUCGCCGCAUGGUUACUCAUGGUUGGAGCUAUCACCAUUAACCGGGAGAAAACACCAGCUUCGGGUCCACUGUGCUGAAGUGUUGGGAACACCAAUAGUUGGUGACUACAGGUAUGGAUUGCAAGCUCAUAGGAGGUGGAAACACUUUGAUGUGCCGGAUGAGGAGGACUCAAAUGGGGACGAAGAACUCCCCUUUGGGCUCAAUAUGAACAAGGGAAGUAUCUCUGAGAAGCAACCUCGUUUACAUCUUCAUUGUAAGCAUAUAGUCUUGCCCAAUGUAUCUCAAGCUCUGCAGGAUGUGCAAUCAUCAUCCACCCAUGAUCUUGGAAAUGUAGAAAGCCUCGAGUUUGUUGCUCCUCUCCCUCCAUAUAUGCAAAGAAGUUGGAAUCUGACAAAAUCCUGAGUCAUGGUUGAAAGGUAACAGCUUGUCACGUUCACUAGAUUCAAUCACGGUUCUUCCUCACCGCUGCCCUACUGCAUAUUUUAUGCUCUCAAGUCAAACAGCCAACAUGAUUACGUUAAGGUUUUGGCGCCUGUACCUCAGAUAGCCACUUGGUUUUUGUGUGUGGCUCUUUGUGCUCCCAAGUCUCCUUGCAAUCAUAUCAAACAUCAAUUUUCCCUCCAAUUCCUUUAAUAGGAAGUGUCAUGUAUUGUAUUGACCUUCGCAUCUUUAAUUCUAGUAUUCUCAUGUUAUUCUAAUUGCACGUUAAUUGAAAUCUUCAUUGAAGGCAGAAGAAAUGCUGCUGCAA